UUUUCUUUUGUUCGGGGAAUUUUCUCUAUCUUUUUUUAUGAAGGAAAUGGUGUCUUAAUGCCUUGAUGGGAACAAAUGCACUGAAGGUGUGACAAGUUCACGUGUAAUUAAUGAAGCCUAUUGUCCAGAAAAGAAGUUACGGUGUACGAGUCUGCUACGGGAAACGAAUGGCGGGCGUUUCAGUGCUCAGAGGCGUCGCUCAUGGACGUUCAUCUCUUCUUCACCGCUCUCAGUUCCCGACUUUCAGCAGCUCAGAGAAGUCAAUAAAGUUUCGGUAUCGAUAUCGCCAAACUGGGAUUACUGCUUUUGCUCGGUACUCGCAGGCCCAUGAGAUUUUUACCUCUCGUGUUCAAGAUCGUCUUGAGAACUUUCCUAUUCUUGUAGAGGAUGUUGUUCAGACGUCCAUAAAUACAGGUCCGCGUGGAGCUUUAAGGCUUGCCCAAGGUAUCCAAGCUGUAAUUGGGGUUGGUAGUGAGUGGCUAGCUGAUGUCUCAAAGACAGCGAACUCACCGACUGGACUACCAAGAGAGAUGCAGCUUGGAUUAUUAUCUCCCAUAUAUUUGAGGAAACUUUUUGAGCGGAUGGGUGCAACAUAUAUUAAGUUGGGGCAGUUUAUAGCAUCUGCUCCCACAAUAUUUCCACCGGAAUAUGUUCAAGAAUUCCAGUGCUGUUUGGACAGGGCUCCUCCAGUCCCGUUCAAAGAAAUUCAAGGAAUCUUGCGUGAGGAACUAGGCAGGCCAAUUGAUGAUGUUUUUGAUUAUGUUGAUCCUACACCAAUCGCAUCUGCAUCUAUAGCACAAGUGCAUGUAGCAAGGAUAAAAGGCUCUCAGGAUGAUGUUGUGAUAAAGGUCUUGAAACCUGGGAUAGAAGAUAUUAUAGUGGCUGAUCUGAAUUUCGUAUACAUAGUGGCACGUAUUUUGCAGUUCUUGAGUCCUGAAUUAGACCGUGCAUCUCUGGUUGCAAUUGUCAAAGACAUAAGGGAGUCAAUGCUUGAAGAAGUUGACUUUACUAAAGAGGCUGCAAAUAUUGAAGCGUUUAGGAGAUACCUAGAGACUAUGGGUCUAACUAGGCAGGCUAAAGCACCAAGAGUGUACCAGCAGUGCAGCACACGUCGAAUCCUGACAAUGGAGAGGCUUCAUGGAGUUCCACUUACUGAUUUAGACUCAAUAAGCUCACUUGUUCCUAAUCCUGAGACCAGCCUUAUAACUGCCUUAAAUGUAUGGAAAUGUUUUUAACAUCAAUGGGAACCAAAGAAUAUGAUGCAAUGGCUUCUGGCUUAAUUGACAUGGGAGCUACAGGCAAUGAUGUGGAUGGAAAGGCCUUUGCAAGAGAUCUUGAGAAGCUAUUUUCAUCAAUUCAGGAAUUGGAUACAGAAAUAGUUGUUACAGCAGCACGGGACACGAAGACAAGAGCAACCGCCAUGUCUGCAAAUGUAGCUUUUGACCAGAGACAAAUGAACACUCUUUUUCUUGAUUUGGUUCGAGUUGGUGAGUCUUACGGGUUGAGAUUUCCUCGCGAGUUUGCACUUUUGAUGAAGCAGAUACUAUAUUUUGAUAGAUACACCAGGUUGUUAGCUCCAAACUUGAACAUGCUUCAUGAUCAGCGGAUCAACAUUGCCCAAAGUCAUGGAGAACAAAGAAUCAUAUAGCACCAACUGCUUGCUCUCAUUGUAGAUAAAUACUCUGAUAUCAGUAUAUCACAUUCCAAUUGACAUGGUACAAAGGAAAAAACACAAGAUCAGUAAUACCUGGUGAAACGCGGACGGCCGCACCUAGGGAUUCCUAGGGUUGCGUGAGGUUAGGCAGAUUCUUGAGGCGUUAUUUGGCGAUUCUUUGUGAGAGAAGUUAGGCGGGCAUUUGGAUUGCUAAAAGCAUGCGGCCGGCGAGUGUGGAGAGAAAUAUAGCCGCGGCUUCGGUAGUAGAGAAGUUGAACACUCAAAUUAAGAUGCACAGGAAGAAGUAUCGGUGGUCGCAUGGAUGAUGACAAUGACCAAGUGGAUGUUCCCAAUGAGCACAAGGAUCCAAUAUCGCGCUUGCUGGAAAUGACAAAACACCUUGAUGGACAGCCUCUGCAGUUAAUUUUAAAAGGAGAUGUCAUUGGUGUUGUUGACAUCUCCCUUUUUCUUAGUUCAGAGGGGAUAAUGAAGAUGUGUUUGGGUAAUCAAAUUCUCAGUACAAAGGUUAUGCAAGUCUGGAUAAUGGCAAUGCAAGCACAUCAAAUAACAAAAAAUAGGAGGAAUUCCAAAGCAAGAUGGAUUAAGCCGAUUUCUGGAGUGCAAAGGGGUACCUAUGAGUUUGGGUAUUAUGUUAUGAGGCACAUGAAGAUUAUAAUAUCUGCAGUUGUUGAUUCAUAGAUUGAGACAUUCAAUGUUCAAGAUUCAUUUGUCCACAAGACAUUACCGAGACAAGAGAGCAUUGUGCGUCAUUUGUUUGUGACACCACAAGCAGUACGGGUUGCUAUUAACAAAUAUGAUUCUGUUUUGAUGUCUAGAAUGAAUAGUGUUGGUUUCAUGUGAAACUUUGUACUUUUGACUUGCAAGAACCUGUGAAACUUUUGUAGUUUUGGCUUGCAUGAACUUGUGAAACUUUGCAGUUUUGGCUUGGAUUGAUUGGUGCUAGUACUAUG